AUGGGUAAAUCAAAACGGAAGAAGCAUAAGAAAGACAGCCACCACAAGAGCAAAAAAUCUAAACACAGGCACAGUUCUGAUUCGUCUGAGUCUGAAUCGUCAGACUCAAGGUCUCAGUCUCGCUCACGUUCCAGAUCUCCAGGGAGACACAAGGAACACUCAUCUAAAAGGUCUCGGUCAUCCUCUAGAGACCAUCAUUCAUCCAGAAGAAGUGCAACACAUAGUUCAGAACGGUCGAAAGUCAUAACAUUGGAAGACCGCAAGAAAGAGAAAGAAUUGAUGAAAGCUCUAGAAACACCUGAGGAAAAACGUGCCAGGAGGCUAGCCAAGAAG